GCCCAAUUAAGCACUACAAUGAGCUGUUGAAAAAUGGACAAGUGCAUAGAGCAAAAGUAAUUGAAUAAUUGCCUCAAUUAUUCUAUUCAAGUCUAUACUUUUUGAAAAGAGAAAAGAGGACUGUUUUGAUUAGCUGAAAAAUAGUUGUACUAAUUUCAAGCAAUCACUGAUCAUUCUUGUUUGCAAAUUACUCUCAACAUUCAACAGAUGAAAUUUGAGAAAUGGAGAUUGGGUUAGCAGUUGGUGGUGCAUUUCUCUCCUCAGCUUUGAAUGUUCUGUUUGAUAGGCUUGCUCCUCACGGUGAUCUGCUCAACAUGUAUUGUAAGCAUAAGGAUCAUGUUAAGCUCUUAAAGAAGCUGAAAAUGACUUUGCGUGGUCUUCAGAUUGUGCUGAGUGAUGCAGAGAAUAAGCAAGCAUCAAAUCCAUCUGUGAGCGACUGGCUUAAUGAGCUUCGAGAUGCUGUUGACUCUGCUGAAGAAGUCAAUUAUGAAGCUUUGAGGCUUAAGGUGGAAGGCCAGCAUCAAAAUCUUGCAGAAACAAGCAACAAACAAGUAAGUGACCUCAACCUGUGCUUGAGUGAUGAUUUCUUUCGUAACAUAAAGGAUAAGUUGGAAGAAACCAUUGAAACGUGGGAGUUGUUGGAAAAGCAAAUUGGUCGCCUUGGCUUAAAGGAACAUUUUGUUUUGACUAAACAAGAAACUAGAACACCUUCAACUUCUUUGGUUGAUGAUUCUGGUAUCUUUGGAAGGCAGAAUGAAAUAGAGAAUUUGAUUGGCCGUUUGUUGUCUAUGGAUACAAAGGGAAAAAAUCUGGCUGUAUUUCCUAUUGUUGGAAUGGGCGGCCUGGGUAAGACAACACUUGCGAAAGUCGUUUACAAUGAUGAGAGAGUGCAGAAACAUUUUAGUUUGACAGCUUGGUUUUGUGUUUCCGAGGCAUAUGAUGCUUUCAGAAUAACGAAAGGGUUACUUCAAGAAAUUGGCUCAACCGACUUAAAGGUUGAUGACAAUCUUAACCAGCUACAAGUCAAAUUGAAGGGAAGCUUAAAGGGAAAGAAAUUUCUUAUUGUUCUGGAUGAUGUGUGGAAUGACAACUACAACGAGUGGGAUGACUUGAGAAAUGUUUUUGUACAAGGAGAAAUAAGAAGUAAGAUCAUUGUGAUAACACGUAAAGUGAGUGUUGCAUUGGUGGUUGGUAGUGAGGCAAUCAACAUGGGGACUCUGUCUGAUGAAGCCUCUUGGUCUCUAUUCAAAAGAAAUGCAUUUGAAAACAUGGAUGCUAUGGAACAUCCGGAACUUGAAGAGGUUGGAAAACAAAUUGCAGCUAAGUGCAAAGGACUGCCCUUAGCUCUGAAGACGCUCGCUGGCAUGUUACGCUCCAAAUCAGAGGUUGAAGAGUGGAAAUGUAUUCUGAGAAGUGAAAUAUGGGAGCUGCGAGACAAUGACAUAUUACCAGCGUUAAUGUUGAGUUACAAUGAUCUUCCCGCACAUUUAAAGCGAUGCUUUUCUUUUUGUGCAAUAUUUCCUAAAGAUUAUCCAUUUAGGAAAGAACAAGUUAUUCAUCUAUGGAUUGCCAAUGGUCUUGUACCUGUGGAAGAUGAAAUAAUUCAACAUUUAGGCAACCAAUACUUUCUCGAGUUGAGAUCAAGAUCAUUAUUCGAAAGGGUCCCAAAUCCUUCUGAAGGAAACAUAGAGGAAUUAUUCCUUAUGCAUGACCUUGUCAAUGAUUUAUCCCAAAUUGCAUCUUCAAAACUUUGUAUCAGGUUGGAAGAGAGCCAAGGAUCUCAUAUGUUGGAAAAAAGUCGAUACUUAUCUUUUUCAAUUGGAUAUGGUGAGUUUGAGAAAUUGACACCCCUCUACAAAUUGGAGCAGCUGAGGACAUUGCUUCCGAUAUGUAUUGAAUUGAAAUUGCACUAUCUAAGCAAGAGGGUGUUGCAUAACAUACUGCCUACACUAAGAUUGUUGAAUGCCUUGAAUCGGACCCGUUACAAACCCUAUUCUGUAAUUCUGUUCUUGCCUCUCCAUAAUAAAACUGCUCUCCCUCUUCCCCGUGGACGUAGCCAAUUUAUUGGUGAACCACGUAAAUCUGUUGUCUUGUUUUUCGCGUUUAUAUUUUCUCGUAUUAUCUCAAAUUCCGCAUAACAAAGAUCCUUGAGGGUACUAUCAUUGUCU